AUGAUUAUCACAACCAAACAUAUCGCCAUUGCAGAGUUAGUGGUACAUAGCCCUGCUGCUCUAGUCUCUAUAUUUGUCGUCUUAAGACACGGCUUCCACCGUCAAUUGGGAUGGAUCUAUCUGUUUGUGCUCUGUGGUAUUCGAAUCGGAGGAGCUAUCAUGGAGAUCCGCAGUCACAAUGAUCCAAGUAAUACGAAUGAGGAGGAAUGGGUCAUUAUUUUGCAAUCUGUGGGAUUGUCGCUGCUGUUGCUGUCUAGUCUAGGGCUUUUGAAAAGAGUGGCCGGCAUUUACUCCAAAAGAGCCACAUCCAACUCCCGUCGAAGUCGAGCUGUUCAAAUUCUUCAUCUCCCAGCACUUAUCGCCCUUGUGCUCUCUAUCAUGGGUGGAACAGACCAAUUCUCUUCAGAUGUCUCGCAACAUGGCUCUGGGAAGACCAAAACCCGCGUCGGGGUUAUUCUCUUCCUAGCAGUCUACAUUUGUCUUUUCGUCCUGUGUAUGAUCACAAUUUCGGACGCUAGACUAAUGCAGCGCAGCCAGAAGCGUAUUCUUAUCUGCGUCCUAACCUCACUGCCAUUAAUCGCGGUGCGGUUGCUGUACUCUCUGAUUGGAGACUUUAGCAAUAACCCCGACAACCAGUUUUCCAUUGUCAAUGGGUUGCCUGUAAUUCAGCUGGCCAUGGUUACCAUUGAGGAAUUCCUGAUUGUUCUGAUGUACGCUAUUCUCGGUGUUUUCACGCCGCGUGCUUCCUCACCGAGUUUUGAGGUACCUUACGAACCUCAGCCACAGCAGUUGCUGCCACAAGUCCAGAACUAUGGUCAGGAACCUGUGAAUUAUGCAAAGUAUGCGGCCCAGAGUGCAUUCAACGGUAAUGCAUACAAUGGUCGACAGUGACCGUUAACGGUGUUUGGGAAUUUCUGUUACUUUUUACCAGUCGAUUUCAAUCACUCUGGAGAGUUUGAUGAGAAUGGAACUUGAUAUGUUUAUAUACGCUAUUCUCUUUUGCAUCUCAUCUAUGAUUGGUUCUGUGUAUGUUGAAUAUGUUUGUUUUCUUCACUUGUGGUCAAAAUAAAAUGUCUAGUCAGCUUGCUGCUGAAAUAUUUUAUUGCUCCAAUUCUAUGUUACAGAC